UUUUGCUCUUCCGAUUUCCUGAGAGCGCUAUUUUCAGCAGUACUCGGUUACGUGAGGCUUAUGAGGAAGAGAUUAUUUGUGGAAAAGAUAAUUUUGCGGGAGCGUGAUUUAAACUUCCAAGCAUUUGUAUAGAUAACCGAGUCUAAGCCGCAUCACAUCAUGAAUUUGGCUAAACAUUAUGUUAACGCGAAUAUGAUGCAACGCGAAUCCGCCAAGAACGUUAUAGAGGAAUUUAGCAACGAACUAUCUAUGGUACGAGGAAAAUGCAUCGAUAUCGGAUCUGGACCCGGUGACGUUACCAAAGAGUUCUUACUGCCUCGAUUGCAACCAGAUGUAGUAGUCAUAGGCUCCGAUAUAUCUCAAUACAUGACGGAUUAUGGCAACCUAAAUUAUGCCAAGGAUAAAAGAUUAUCAUUUAUUGUUUUGGAUAUCGAAGCGGAAUUGCCAAGUGAGGAAAACGAACAAUACGACUGUGUUGUGUCAUUCUCAUGUUUGCAUUGGUGUCAGAACAUUAGACAAGCUUUCGAGAAUAUUUACAAGUUACUGCGACCAGGCGGCCGAGCACUUGUCGAGUUUUUGGCGCACCACGAUAGCUUCGAGUCGUACCAUGAGAUGAAAAAAAAUCCACAAUACGAGCCUUACAUGCGGGAUAUUAACCGCUAUAUACCAUAUUUUCAAUAUUCUAAAAAUUCGAGAGCGUCUCUGCGGAGGAUUCUGGAGGAAACAGGCUUUGCAAUCAUUCAUUGCAGUGAAAGAGAGAAAACAUUCACUUAUGAGAACCGAGAGAUGCUCAGAGAACACAUAGUGGCGGUCAAUCCUUUCGUCUCUAACAUGCCCGACAACAUGAAAGUCAAAUUCAUCGAUGAUUUAACGGAAAACAUAAUGACUCAUCGGAUCUUGCGUCCAUAUAUAAAGAAGCAACGAGAACACGAGGAAGAGGAAGUCACGUUGAAUAGAUAUUAUGUUCUGCUGGCAUACGUAAAGAAACCACGAGUCGCUCCCUCAUGCACAAAAUGCAAUAAGCAUGUAGAAACGUAUUCACAGAUUUUAAUCUAAAUCGGCAACGACAAGCUUAACCGAGACAAUCUAAGAUUAAAGGAAUUUGGAUGGGAUAUUCUGAUGUUUAGUGGAACACACUUAUGAUCUGGCAUUACUAUAAGUAAAUUAUUACUUAUCAAACAUUAAAACAUCAGUUAACAUGAAAUUAUUAUCUUUAUCGUGAUAUCUCUACGGUAAUCUUGCGCGCGCGCGCUCUAUAGUAAUUUUUGAAAAAAUUUAAAAAUUUUGAAUAAAUUUUAAAAUAAAUUUUUGGAACUCUUCUUUAAAUUUUACAGUUGGAAAAUAAAUUUUAUGCGACAAUGACAAUGA